UAAAGCUUAUAUCAAAUCACUCUGUCUGGAUGGAAUUUUGUACACGAUAUAGCUCCUACUUCCUAUUCGUGUAUCAAGGUUAAACAUUGCACAAUUAUUCCUUGUCCGUAUCAAAACAUGAAUCAGUUAAAAAAAAAUGACCAAUCAUUUUAUCAAUUAGUCACAGUUAAUGAAUUCUUUUUAUACAGAGACAGUAUUAGCUAAGGACAAGUAAGCCUUUUGUAGAGAAUUAGAUAGGCGCCUAUAAUACAGAAAUGAAAGAGUGAUCUUUCUUUUACUUCUUGUCCAAACUCUUGAGCCAUGAAAAUAAUUAUAUAGAGAGAAGAUGUUUUGUUUUGCUUUUUUUUUUAAUCACAAAGACCUUGACAAGUAGUGGGCUGUUAUCAACAGGUCAUGGAGAAAGACGGAUCUAAAACAAGGUCACAUUAAGAGAAAAUGUAUAAAUAGAAAAGUAUAAAUAAACUUAUGUAGGCAGUGUGGACCAAUCGGAGAGCAGUCUGUAAAAUAGUAUUUAUAUCAAGGAUUUAUCAAAAAGAAACAAAACAUUAUUUCUUUUAUUACACAUUAUUAGAAUAUUUCCAGAGAGGGAGUGAGAAUAGGAAAGAAAGAGAGAGAGAGAGUGGGAAAAAGAGAGAGAGAGACAGAGUUGAAGAAGGAGAGAGGACAGAGAGGGAAAGAAAGAAAAAGAGAGAGAAAGAGACGGAGAGGGAAAUAAGGAGAGAGAGAGAUAGAGAGAGAGGGAGAAAGAGAAAGAGAGAGAGAAUUAAGAAGAGAGAGAUAGAAAGAAAAAGAGAGAGGCAGAAUGGAAGGCUAAAAGACAUGAAACCUUGAUAGUGUGUUAAAUAAACAAUAAACACACACACACAAUCACACUCUGACACACACACACACACAAUCACAACUUGAUACACAUACACACACAAUCACACUCUGACAUAAACGCACACACAAUCACACUCUGACACACACACACACACGUCUUAAAGAAAGACAUAUUUAUGGCUAGCAUGAUCUAUAGUAUGUUCAGACACAUGGCCUGAUCCCACCAUAAACAAUAGCAAGGCUUAUAACAAACGUGUGUCCCUUUCGUUAAGUCUCUCCAGGCCACGAUGUCUCUGAGAGAGCAGUAGCUUCCCACAUCCUUACCUGAGCACAACACAUUGAACCUAUGCAGUGUAACUUGUAACAAGCUAAAGAAACUUUACUGAACUUCACAAUACGAAAUCAACAACUAAGGAGAAAGAUUAAUUCUAAAACGAGUUUUAAAACUGCAUCGCCACUCAAUAAAAGGAAUUUAAAUGACUUAAGAAAUAAGAUCACUGCCAGGAUGGCCACAGUUCAAGCGUCUGCAUCAACACCAUCAACUGCUAGCACCUCUUCGACCAGUAUGCCCACAGAGAACUCUGACUUCACGCCUGUGAUCAUGUGGGUGUCUGUCGGUGUCGGCUGUCUCCUGCUCAUCAGCGUCGCCAUCGUCUGUUUCUUGAAGCGGCACAAACUUCAAGUCAAUCGGAAAUUCUCCGUUUUGUACAAGCGCUACUUCGGCUUCAGUCUAAGGGAAGCAAUGAAAGGCAACCUUCCAGGGGAGGAUAACUCCGUGCCAAGGGAUGACACUGAUGACAAAACAUGUAUAUAUGUUAAUCAGUCUGUAAUAAACUUCAAAACCUAUUCAGAGCAAUUUCGUACUUUAACUGGUUCGACAAAGUCUACUACUAGUGGACAGGGGGAGCAUAUUUACAGUGUAUGCAACUACAGUAGUGAUGUUUCGGAGAACUUAGAAGAACCAUAUAGAAACAUAAAGCCUACGAUUUUUUCAGGGACUAAAUCCAACAUAUCGGGAAGAAGCUGCAUGACUGACAAUUCAUCAUAUGUUUCUCUUUAUGAUUAUGACUCGUUAAAAUUUGAGCCUCAAUUCGUAGAGCCAACAACGCCGACAUCUAAUGUCUACGGCAGUUCACUAGACACUCCAUUAAAUAUCUACUUCAAUGUCGACAAUUAUUCUUCUCGGAACAAAACUUUGGCUAGGACAGAGAGAAAGUUUCACGAGAUGAAAAACGCCUUAUGCCAUGGCAGCCCCAGAAACAUUCAAAGUAAAAGUCUUGAUGGGAGUGCGAAGUUGCAUCCACACGUACAUUCACAUAGGUUGUACGUGAACUGUCCAAACAUGGUUCAGUUAGAGCCAAGAAGGAAACAUAGCAGACUCCAAACCAUUUCCAAAAACCAGAGGAGCGACAAACAAAAAUUUAGGAUCUGCGAAAGUAAGAAGACUUUUUACGAACAUUUUCUUUGCGACAUAAACUCUCAUUAUGCCAAUGUCAGUUGUGAUGGUGGGCAUUUUAAAAACGGCACUAACGAAUGCUCCAUUUAAAUGGGUUCACGUGACUAUUUGGUUUUAGAACCGCGUGGAAGUGAAAGUCAGGAGUAUUGCGUCAAAACAUCCAAUGUUUAAUAGUGAUAGCGGCACACAACGUAUUUAGCCUGUGCAAAACUCUUUCUUCAGUGAAUGUGCCUUCAGUGGUUCCAAACUUUUUGGCCUUGGGAGGUAUAUACAUUUUCAUCACGAGUGUCACAGCAAUGUAAAAACAACUUCGAGGCCAAUGAAACGAAGCCUCUGCGGAUUCAAUUGCAUACUAUUGGCAGAGGUUUCAAGAGGCCGGACUGUACAGAGUCUCAGGUCGGAAAUGGCCUGCAGACAGUGGUUUACGCAUUGCUGCUCAAGAACAUUGGUUUCGUAAAAAGUUCCCCUUUCAGAACUUGUGGUCUAUAGGGCAGAUGAUAUAAAGGUCACCUGUUUCUGUGGCCUACGGUGGCCAGCACAACGACCGCCUUUACUUUUCCUCAACUAAUUUCAGGCACUCAUUAGAGCUGGGUAGACUCAGAAGCGCCCAAUGAUCCCGAAAUUAAAAAAUCCCAGUCAAAGAUUCGAAUCAGGGACACCUCAGCCACGGUGCCUCGAUUGGUUUCUUACAGUUAAACAAAAAUCUGAUCUGUAAUCAACUGUGCAGUUCAUCCCAGAUCUACAACUACAAUGUAAGCUGUACAACCUGAGAGUGAGAUGGAGGAAGAAGAACCACUUCAACACUAUCACUAUUUCUAGAUCUUGUAGGAUCUACUAAGUGAACACAUGAGUUAAAUGAAACACUUUUAUCAUUUUAAAUGUAUGAAUAUUUUUGAUUUUGGCUUUUGCGAAAUAGAAAUUAUUCUUGUAUGAAAGAAACAUGUCUAAAUAAAGAUAACACAAACGCUGUGAUACACUAACUCAUUAUAAUUAGUAUUAUAAUGAUUAUUUAAAUGAACUUAUUAAAAGCUACUGUGAUACAUGUACAUAAUUGAAGUAAGUUUAUUAUUUAAACUGUCAUUAUAAAAGUGUGAGUAUAUUGUACACAAAAUACACUUCGACCAAUACAAAGCUAGUCUUGAAGACUAUAUUUCUAAUGUCCCAGACCAAGUCUACAACAAUUUAGUUGCAAUAUUUUAUAUCUGUUUUUAUGCAUGACUGUGGGGAUAUAUAUAGAAGACCUGAACUGCUACGUCACAAGCUGUGGGCAGUUUAGACCAAUAGCUUGCUGCUACGUCACACAUCUGUACAAUGUGGCAAGGAGCUAUUUGUCUCUACUACCCACAGGUUGCGACGUCGCAGAUCAGUGUCAAAGCCUUCCAUGAUGAAUGCUAUCAGGUUAUGGAACUUUUCUAUGAUAUUGACUCUAAAUUUGGUCUCUAUAACAUCGUACAGGUCUUUUUUUAAAAUAUAUUUUUUAAAAAAGAAUCUUAACUUACAAGGCUCUUAUCACAUAGGGCUAAUAUUAAGCUUUAUGUCAAAAGGCUCAAUGUCAUUUGAUUUAAUUUUAUUAAGACAUUUGACUCUAUUACAUUGCCAUUUAUAAAUAGUGCUUUCAAGCUUUGAACUACAGUAUGAUGGUCUAUGUGACUAAAAAAAUGGCUUCUAAAUAAAUAGUAUUAUUUGCCUAUAUGAGUCUCCAAUUUAUAUUUUAUUAUAAAAAAAUAAUUUUUGUUUCAACGUUGCAUUGUUGUUUGGUUCCAUGUCAAUGUAAUUGAUAAUUAUUGUAUUUAUUAUUUUUAAUUAUAUUUUAUCAUUUCAAUACAAAAGAACAGGCUCGUUUGGUUUGAUAAAUAAUUAUAAUUUCAAGGUUGACAUUUUAAUUUUCACAUAAUUAUAACCCUUUCAAGUUAAAGACGUUGCGUUUAUCUUUUUGUAAAAUUUUU